UCCGGAAGGAGCUGAACUGUUCAUCCGUCAUGUUCACCAACAAGAGGAGCUUUAAGGAGCUGAAUCCCACUUUGUCACUCUGGACUGUGACUCUCUGCUCAGCUUUGGUCCUCAGCGCACCACUGGACGGUCAACUCCAGGUGGUUGGUCCAGCUCAGCCAAUCACGGCUGUUCUCGGUGAUGACAUCAUCCUGCCGUGCUGCCUGGAGCCUGCUGCUGACGUUCAGGAUAAAACAAUACUUUGGUCCGACCCGGACCUCAAACUGGACCCGCUGAACCCUCAGAGAGGAGUGGAGUACGUACACCUGUACAGGAACAGGAAAGAGGUCCCUGACAUGCAGAUCACGUCGUAUUUUGGCAGAACGACGCUGUUUGAGGACGAACUGAAGCGCGGGAACAUCUCGCUGAAAAUCACAAACGUGACGAUGGAGGACCAGGGCAGGUACCGGUGCUUCAUCCCCAAGCUGAAGAGCAGAGCGAACGCCGCCAUAGUUCAGCUUGUUGUCGUUCCAAACGUUGUUGAAACCUCGACGAAACCACCGCUGGACCUCAGAAACCUCCAAACUCCAGACCCGCUGGACGACACUCGGCCUGACGGUGGUUUUCCCAUCCUGGCUCUUGUCAUCCCGCUUGUGAUCAUCUUACUGUUCAUCGUUGUCGGCAUCGUUGCAUAUUUCUUAAGGAGAAAAGUUAAAAAAAAGAAUCUUUCAGACAAAGACGCCGCUCAGAAAGAACCGCUUGGACCUGAGGUGCCUUGCUCAGGAGCUGUUGGUGGAGACACUUUGUGUUUCCUUUGUCCACCUGAAGCUCCUGACCGUGGCUGCUGUGAGGCAUCUGAUCCACUGAUGGACUUUAUUUCUCAACGUCCUGCAGUGAAAGUUUGAAGAGGAAAUUAGAAGAAGAUUCCCAUGGGACGCCUGAUAAAUUACCAAACUUGUCCGUCCAGCUUCGGAGUUCCUGAAUGUAGAGUUUUCAACAAAGCAUGGACUGCUAAGUAUUUUUCUGCUGAAGUCAGCAGAAAAGCCGCGUGUUCAGUUUGCAGAGAGCAGAUCGCUGUGUUUAAAGAUUAGAAUUUGAGUUUUCAUGACGGGACGAAACAUGCAGAUAAAUGCAAGCACUGGAAGCCUUGCUAGCUAAGCU